AUGCAGUCCAUGCCGGACACGCGGCAGCAGAGCUUUGACGAGAUCUACGGGCCGCCAGAGAACUUUCUCGAGAUUGAGGUACGGAAUCCUCGAACGCACGGCAUGGGGCGAUCCAUGUACACCGACUACGAGAUUCUCUGCCGCACCAACAUCCCCGCCUUCAAGCUGCGCCAGAGCAGCGUGCGCAGACGAUACUCCGACUUUGAAUACUUCCGCGAUAUCCUCGAGCGUGAGAGCGCCCGCGUGACGAUCCCGCCCCUGCCCGGCAAGGUCUUCACCAACCGCUUUAGCGACGAUGUCAUCGAGAACCGACGAGCCGGCCUGGAGAAGUUCCUCAAGAUUGUCGUGGGGCACCCACUGCUGCAGACCGGCAGCAAGGUGCUGGCCGCCUUUGUCCAGGACCCCAACUGGGAUCGCAACGCAUGGUGAUGAAGCUGCUGUUGCUUAGUUGUCGUGGAUCGCCUCCGAAAGAGCAGCAGUGAGGCUACCAAUUCCUCCUGACGAUGAGCAGAAUCCACAAAAUUCUCCAUUACGAUUUAUCCACCAUCCCAGGCGAAUGGCAGAUGUAGCUGGUAUGGCGCUUCAGAGAGGUCGGCACGCAUUUGAAGCGGACUUGCGUUACCACAAUUCCUUUUCAAUGCGGACUGGCUUCGUCGCCAUCUGUCAUGUCAUCUGCUGUCUUUCUCUGUUCCUUUUCCUCCUUUUCUUUUUCUUCCCGAUUUCUUUAUUCUGCCUUUGCGAUUUCACUCUCCUUAUCACACCCUUUGAUGCACAUCAUCUUGGCCCGAGCUUGCUGGAUAUAGCCAGCACAUGAUUUGCAUCACAAGGAAUGAUACAAACGACACGGCGUAUUCAGGCUAGCAGCGUUCAAUGUACAUAAUAGUAAAUACUAAAAUAUGAAAUCAUUCCCUUU